AUGGACCAUGACCUGCAGGCCGCGAUUGACGCCUCGUUGAGAGACGCAGUAAGAUCUCAGACGAGUUUACAGCGGCGUAAAUCUUCGGUUGUUGAUCUUACUGGGGAUUCAGAUGGGGACGCGUCGGCGGCGCGACGGGCUGGAAAAGCAGCAGAAGAGGAAGCAGGAGACGAUGACUAUGAUGCAGAAUUGAAGAGGGCUAUUCAGUUGUCUCUGCAGUCGGGACGUGGUCCAGAGCAUGAAACGAUUGAUGUUGACACCCUGGAGGCGGGAAAAGCCACAGCUACCCCUGAACCAAAGAGGGCGGCUUCAACAUGGAUAGCGGGCUUUGAUAGGAAGAAAAUGGAAGAAGAACGGCUUGCCAGGCUGGCGAAGAAGAGAAAGACAGGAGAAGAUGGCUCUGCUUUAGCUUUACCAGCUGCAAGGCCGUUGAAGGCGUCAAGACGUGAGCCGCCAUCUGGGACUUCUUCGUCUUCUGCCAAGAUAUCAUCCAUACCCCCAGCUACAGCUACGGUGGCGGCAAAGUCUGUUCCUGGAGUGCCAUCUACAGAGCCAACUAUACAGUUCCCAGAGGGUGCGGUGAAGAAGACCUGGGCGUUCCGGUGUGAGAGAAAGGAUGACAUCAAACUUGAAGAAGUGCUGCAGCCGUCUGACCUGGAGCUGGCGGUGCUUAGCUCGUUCCUGUGGGAUAUGGACUGGCUGUUGAUGAAGUUUACCAACCCGAGUACGCGGUUUCUAUUUAUCAUGGGAGCCAAGGGGGAGGAGAGGCGAACACAGCUGCUGCGGGAGACUGCAUCGAUGUCGAGGAUACGGCUGUGUUUCCCGCCGAUGGACGGGGAGGUGAACUGCAUGCACUCCAAGCUGAUGCUGCUUUUCCAUGCCAACCACUUGCGCAUUGUGAUACCCAGCGCGAACUUGGACCCGUACGACUGGGGAGAGAAAGGCGGCGUGAUGGAGAAUAUGCUGUUCCUGAUCGACCUGCCUCGCAAGGCCAACGAGACCAUCGACGACACGACGCCAUUCCGGGACGAGCUCGUUUACUUUCUUCGAGCGUCGACGUUGAACGAGAAGAUCAUAGACAAGAUGCUCCAGUAUGAUUUUAGCAAGACGGCUAAAUAUGCUUUCGUGCAUUCCAUGUGGGUUCUUUUUCUUUUUAUUUUCCUUCUUUUUUUUCCUUUUGCUUUGGGUGUUAAGCUACGUUGCUUAAAUACCUUAACUUUUUUUUUUAUUUUUUAUUUUGAUUUUGAUUUUCUCCAGCACCUUAAAUUCUGUUUCGAACUAUUUUUGUGA